UUGAUUGCAGUGCCUGCAUCCAUCCAGUCAAUCGAAGAUCAGGUUUUUAUUGAAAGUCACAACACAAAUCUGUCUUGUAAUGCAUCUGGGACCCCUCAGCCGAUGGUGUUUUGGAUUAAUGUGGCCAGUGGUCAGCGGACUAACAGCAGUGUACUGGAGUUUACCAACAUUAACAGAAGUGAAGCUGGCGAAUACAGAUGUGAAGCUAGCAAUGAGUGUGGGAGUGCAUCAGAGGCUGUUAAUGUCACUGUGCAAUGUAAGUAGAGUUUGCAGAAGACAUUGCAUUGGUUAUAGCAAGUGAUGGGUUGAGCAGAACCUUUUUGUGUUCUGAAAAAUUAAAAGAAACACCCUUGACAGCAAAUAAAGUUUCAACAAUAUUAUAAUGAUGCUAGCGCUAUGUCAGCACUGUAGGAUGAUCCCAACAUUUUACAAUGCCAAGGUGGAAGGCAGUACAGAUAGCACGAUAGUAUUAGAGUGCAGAAACCUCAUUUGUGUAAUUAAUAGUUGAUAAUCAAUAUUAGAUAUGCAUCAAAGAAAUACUGUACACAGGAUAGAGGAAAAAAUUUAUUGUAAGCAAUACUGUACACUGAAUGUCACUUUUUAUGUGCCAUUGUAGUUACAAGUUAACAGCAUUGUUUACAAGAUAGAUUGCCUAGCUUACAUGGAUUGUCUUAUUUGUCUGAAUGAAAAUGUAUGUUAAGCUAAAACUGAUAUUUGACCACACCCAGAAGUAAGUAGUCAAUAUUUCAAGUCCUCUAGGUGGAUCUUACAAGUAUGGAGGUCAUUCUACUGUAUUUUGAAGCGUCGAAGCAGAAAAAAAAUGUUUUUGCAGGAGUUUUUUCUGCCUUUUCAGAUAGCCCACUGCUGUCUGUACCCUGAGACGUUUUAUUUCUUUAAUAAUACUUUUCAUAUGGGUUUUUACUCCAUUUUAGAUCCACCAGAAAAUGUCCAUUUGACGACAAACGCCACGGCAAGUAAAGCCUGUCAGAAUGAUGUUGUAAGCUUCAUGUGCUCAGCUGAUGCUGUUCCAUCUGCAAUGUCAUUCCAGUUGUUCAAAGAUAACGUUCCCAUGGAGACAAGUGACUCAGGAAUGUGGACAAAACCCCUAUCAGAAGGUGGUGGGUUUGCCUACAAAUGUGUAGCUAACAAUUCCAUUGGAUCAACAAGUAGCACAACUGUUUCCAUUACUGUUAAUGGUAAGUGAGGCUCACACAUACUCACGUUUAAACACUUAAGCGUCAGUAAAAUGGGUAAGACAAAUAUGCAACUUGCUUUGCAACAUUGCUGCAAAAGCAAUGUUGCACGUUUACCACCCAAGUUCAAACCUGUUAACAACCUGAUAUGUGAAAAGACAGGUUCGCUGUUGGUCAAAAUGUGCAACAUUGCUACUCAACUCGUUUUGCAGCAAUGUUGCAAGACAAGUUGUAUGUUUUUUGGUCGGCUGUUUUACCGUGCAUUUAAGAAUGAUUUGGCUGAUUCUACUGACACACAGUCUGAACUCUAUGUUCACUGUUAUGAUUGUAAUGACUGAGAAACUGUAUGAAAAAAAUUUUCUUAAUUAAGUGGAUGCUUGUAAACUUGUUCCUGGAAGAUACCACUUGGGGUGUCGACUCUUUUACAUGCAAGUAACCACUAACUAAAGUGUGAUGACAUUUUGAGUAAACCGUAGUAGCUACAUGUGGAUGCAAAGUGCAAUGACAGGGUGCGACAAAAACAGUGUCCACUUGCCCCAGACAAGUGGUUUUGAUCAGUGGACAAGUAGGUCAUCAACCUUACUUGUCCUUUGGACAAGUAAAUCCUCAGAAAAUACAUUUAAACAAAAAGGUGCUUUUAACAUGUUUCAGUGAAAUGUAAAGUAUACAGCCAGGUUUUUGCAAGCAUAAAACUGCUUUGCUUUUCCUGAAAGCAACUUACUAGUUAGAAAUGAAAAGGGAACAGCACUGAUGCAGGUGACGUGCGAUCUAUCCACCAUUUUAUUUCAUUGCGCACUGAAAGGGGCCUGGCACUCUUCGGGGGAUCGACUUUUGCAUUUAUAAUAGACACUCUUGGUUAACUGUAAGCUCGUACACAAUGGUGGCUCAGUGAAGCAUAAGAGGUUAUUUUGGUGCCCUAGUGAAGCAGCAGAAGAGGAAAGGAAAUCCUUCUGCAGAAAACACUGGGGUGAUUGAAAAGAAACAUUGUGACAGCCCAAUGGUACGAGUGCGAAAGCCGUUUCAGGAAUCUUGGACAGAAAUCUUUCCCUGCUGGGUCGUAAACGGUGCGAAUGACACCACCAUAUAAAAGCAUACAAUUACUUGUAUGAGUACUUUCUUAACACUUAAAAUGUUGUAUGUUUUCUCUGAGUUUCAACAAUAAACAGGCUCAUGCUUCUUGCCAUUACCAUGCAUCAUUAGAUCUUGGAUUUAACUCAACAUGCAAGGACAACUAGACCUGUGCUUUGGACAAGUACAGCUAGAACCUCACCUGUCCACUGGACAAGUGAAGUUCACAAAUUUUUGUCUAACCCUGAAUGAGUACUAACAAAUUUUGCUUUGUCGAGUGGGUUAUUCUAAUUUUUCCAUUAGAACUCACACUCUUGAGGGGCAUGUGCAGUGUCAGUUGGUUUGUAUCUGAAGCACAGUGAAUGCUGCUGUAGUGCUUGCAGUUUACAGGGUUUGUGCCAUCUUGAGAAGUCCUUGAAUUUUAGGCAGAAUCCUUGAAAGUCCUUUGAUUUCUGUGCAAGACACAGUAAAAGCUUAAUGUAAUUUGAUUGCAGUGCCUGCAUCCAUCCAGUCUAUCGAAGAUCAGUUUUUUAUUGAAAGUCACAAUGCAAGUGUGUUUUGUAAUGCAUCUGGGACCCCUCAGCCGACGGUGUCUUGGAUUAAUGUUGCCAGUGGUCAGCAGACUAACAGCAGUGUACUGGAGUUUACCAACAUUAACAGAAGUGAAGCUGGAGAAUACAGAUGUGAAGCUAGCAAUGAGUGUGGGAGUGCAUCAGAGGCUGUUAAUAUUACUGUGCAAUGUAAGUAGAGUUUGCAGAAGACAUUGCAUUGGUUAUAGCAAGUGAUGGGUUGAGCAGAACCUUUUUGUGUUCUGAAAAAUUAAAAGAAACACCCUUUACAGCAAAUAAAGCUUCAACAAUUAUAAUGAUGCUAGCGCUAUGUCAGCACUGUAGGAUAAUCCCAACAUUUUACAAUGCCAAGGUGGAAGGCAGUACAGAUACCAUGAUAAUUAUUAGACUGCAGAAACCUCAUUUGUGUAAGUAACAGUUGAUAAUCAAUGUUAGAUGUGCAUCAACGAAAUACUGUACACAGGAUACGAGAAAAAAUUAUUGUAAGCAACACUGUACACUGAAUGUCACAUUUUGUGCCAUUCUAGUGACAAGUUAACAGCAUUGUUUACAAGAUAGAUUGCUAGCUUACAUGGAUUGUCUUAUUUGUCUGAAUAAAAAUGUGUGUUAAACUAGCUACUAAAACUGAUAUUUGACCACACCCGGAAGUGAGCAGUCAACAUUUCAAGUCCCACAGGUGGAUCUUACAAGUAUGGAAGUCAUUCCACUGUAUUUUGAAGUGUCAAAGCAGAAAACAAUGAUUUGCAGGAGUUUUUACUGCCUUUUCAGAUAGCCCACUGCUGUCUGUACCCUGAGACGUUUUAUUUCUUUAAUAAUACUUUUUAUAUGGGUUUUUACUCCAUUUUAGAUCCACCAGAAAAUGUCCAAUUGAUGACAAACGCCACUGCAAGUAAAGCCUGUCAGAAUGAUGUUGUAAGCUUCAUGUGCUCAGCUGAUGCUGUUCCAUCUGCAAUGUCAUUCCAGUUGUUCAAAGAUAACGUUCCCAUGGAGACCAGUGACUCAGGAAUGUGGGCAAAACCUCUAUCAGAAGGUGGUGUGUUUGCCUACAAAUGUGUAGCUAACAAUUCCAUUGGAUCAACAAGCAGCGCAACUGUUUCCAUUACUGUUAAUGGUAAGUGAGACACACAUGUACUCAUGUUAACACUUAAGAGUCAGUAAAACAGGUAAGAAAAAUGUGCAACUUGCUUUGCAACAUUGCUGCAAAAGCGAUGUUGCACGUUUACCACCCAAGUUCAAACCUGUUAACAACCUGAUUCGUUAAAAGACAGGUUCGAUGUGGGUCAAAAUGCGCAACAUCGCUACUCAACUCGUUUUGCAGGAAUGUUGCAAGACAAGUUGUAUGUUUUUUUUGUCGGCUGUUUUACCGUGCAUUUAAGAAUGAUUUGGCUGAUUCUGUUGACACACAGUCUGAACUCUAUGUUCACUGUAAUGAUUGUAAUGACUGAGAAACUGUAUGAAAAAAAAUUUCUUGAGUAAGUAAAUGCUUGUAAACUUUUUACUUGGGGUGUUGACUCUUUAACAUGUAAAUACACUACUGACUAAAGUGUGAUAACAUUUUGAGUAAACCGUAGUAGCUGCGUGUGGAUGCAAGGUGCAUUGAGUACUUACAGAUUUUGCUUUGUCGAGUGGGUUAUUCUAAUUUUUCCAUUAGAACUCACACUCUUGAGGGGCAUGUGCAGUGUCAGUUGGUUUGUAUCUGAAGCAGUGAAUUCUGCUGUAGUGCUUGCAGUUCACAGGGUUUGCACCAUCUUGAGAAGUCCUUGAAUUUUAGGGAGAAAUCUUGAAAAGUCCUUUGAUUUCUGUGCAAGACACAAUAAAAGCUUAAUAUAAUUUGAUUGCAGUGCCUGCAUCCAUCCAGUCAAUCGAAGAUCAGUUUGUUAUUGAAAGUCACAACACAAGUCUGGUUUGUAAUGCAUCUGGGACCCCUCAGCCGACGGUGUUUUGGGUUAAUGUUGCCAGUGGUCAGCGGACUAACAGCAGUGUACUGGAGUUUACCAACAUUAACAGAAGUGAAGCUGGAGAAUACAGAUGUGAAGCUAGCAAUGAGUGUGGGAGUGCAUCAGUGGCUGUUAAUGUUACUGUGCAGUGUAAGUAGAGUUUGCAGAAGACAUUGCAUUGGUUAUAGCAAGUGAUGGGUUGGGCAGAACCUUUUUGUGCUCUGAAAAAUUAAAAGAAAACCCCAUUCACAGCUAGUAAAGUUGCUUCCAAAAUGCAUUAAUGAUUCAUGAGCUCAACAACCUAUCACGCUCGGCAAAAUCCGUCACGUGCUCGUGUUUUAAACCCCGGUUAUACAUCACGUGCAGUGACAUUAUAUCUGAUAAAACCUCCCUUUAUUAGUAUACGGUGUUUUAUCAGAUACAAUGAGCGCUUACCAUUUCUAUGGAAAACGCGGUAAUUCCGGGGAGAAUUCAAAUGGAAAUGCUGAUUCCGGUGGAAAUUUUCCGGAAAAAACAGUAAUUCCUUUCGAGGUAUUACCUUUUUCCCGCUUUUACCGAAACGGCCGAAAUUUUGUACCAUUUGUUUGGUUAACCAGUGCCAGGCUUCCUCUUGAGGCGGAAGAUGAUUUGUUUUAACCCAGGCCCACUCUUCAUCUGGCCCGGGUUGCUCGAAGCAUGGUUAGUGCUAACCAGCGGUAAAUACCAUGGAAACCAAACAUUUUGAUACCUCUUAACCAACAGUUAGCGUUAGCCAGGCUUCGAGCAACCGGCCCCUGGUGUUUUGCAAAUGGUACAACUCUAACCCAUUCCUCUUUUCGGAAACGUUUUCAUGUCCAGUACCAUUUGUCAGACAUUUUUUACUAAAAUUUCCUUUCAAAUCGUAAGCGCUCAAUGUCACUGCACGUGACCUAUGAAUAUUAAUCUCAGCACAGCAAGUGACACAACAAAUGGUGGGUGAAUAUUUUAUUUUCUUUCAAAAUAACACACGCACUGAAUUUACUAUUGCACAAUAUUAAACUUUGUUCUUUCACCAAUUUAAUUAGCCAAAGGCCAGUGACUCAGCAGUAAUGUUGGCUAUGGCAGUGUCAGGGCGUUGCACUUAAGACUUCGAGUACCGUAUUCUUGUUUACCUACCAUUCGGCCAUUCCAGAAUAAUAUUUUCAAACGAAAGACUAACUUUUCACUGCACUUGUUGACUUUCGGGUACCAUUUUCCGCUAAGUUCCUCUCUUCCUCGGCAUUUUUAGGCUGAUAAAUAAAUAAAUAAAUAAUGAUUUGGAGGUAGCCUAUCCACAAAGUGGUUCUUCGUCUACCUGAUUCCUGGUCGAAUUGAAAUUUGGAAAUGUUGAAUUUUUGAGGAGAGGGGAAAACCGGGGUACCCGGAGGAAAACCUCUCGGAGCAAAGGAGAGAACCAACAACAAACUUCUGAAAAGCUCUGGAACAAGACGCCAGGUCCUCUUCGGUUAGUGUUGUUCGUAGACUGGAAAAUUUCUAAACACGUGUAGCUACGUGUGAGAUUUGAUUUUCUUGCAUGAUAAUUUCAUACCUAAUGUCUUUUACGUAUUCUAAUUUCCAACGUUCACAAAAGCGUCAUUAUUAUCAGCACCUUUGAGACACGCUUUUCCAGGAAUGUCUUUGAAGUCGUUCAAUAAACUCGCGGGUUGUGUUUAUCGGGGGGUAUGAAGCCACGAGGAAGUAAAUAACAAAAAAAUAAACAUUUUUAAAAAGCACAUUUUUUUCUCAAAUCAUUUAAUUCUGCUCGUUCCUUUUAAAUAUAAAUAUUUUUUCUGAAACAUCAAACUGUUUGUUUUACAACUGAAUGUUCGUUUCCAGAGAAGCGAUGUGAUUCAUUGGUGGACUGAAUCUUGAAUGAUAUACUUAGAAAAUUGUGCGUACCUCUGGAAAAUUCCUGGCUACGCCCCUGAAAACACUCCACAUUUUAUGAGCCAUUCUGGUUACAAGUUAGCAGCAUUGUUUUCAAGAUAGAUUGCCUUGGAUUGAUUGUCUUAUCUGUCUGAAUAAAAGUGUAUGUUAAGCUACGAAAACUGAUAUUUGACCACACCCAGAAGUUUCAAGUCCGACAGGUUGAUCUCACAAGAAUGGAGGUUAAUUCCACUCUAUUUUGAAGUGUCGAAGCAGAAAAAAAUGUUUUUGCUAGGAAGUUUUACUGCCUUUACUAAUAGCCCACUGUACUCUACUUUACUCCAUUUUAGAUCCACCAGAAAAUGUCCAAUUGAUGACAAACGCCACGGCAAGUAAAGCCUGUCAGAAUGAUGUUGUAAGCUUCAUGUGCUCAGCUGAUGCUGUUCCAUCUGCAGUGUCAUUCCAGUUGUUCAAAGAUAACGUUCCCAUGGAGACAAGUGACUCAGGAAUGUGGGCAAAACCCCUAUCAGAAGGUGGUGUGUUUGCCUACAAAUGUGUAGCUAACAAUUCCAUUGGAUCAACAAGCAGCGCAACUGUUUCCAUUACUGUUAAUGGUAAGUGAGACUGUUAUAAUACGUUGGUACUCAUGUUAACACUUAAGAAUGAUUUGACUGAUUCUAGUUGUGCACGGUCUGAUCCCUAUGUUCCCUGUAUUAUUUUCUGCUACAUCAGCGUUUAAUGAAGAACAUCAGUGACAUCAUGGGCGUACACAUGUCAUAACUGAGAGGCUGUAAGCGAUAAAUUUUCUUGAUUAAAUUAUAAAUGCGUGUAAACUUUUUCCUGGAAGAUUCCCCUCAUGGUUUCGACUUUUUUAAGCAACUAAAGUGUUCUAAAAGUGAUGGCAUUUUGGGUGAUACCCGAGGAAGUGCAACUAGAUGCGAGAUGAGACGUGUACUUGUUUGCUAUUCUCGUGCGAUUAUUCUAAUUCUUUCCUUAGAACUCAUACUCUUAUGUUUCUGACCAGGGGAUGGACUCCUUUAAAGGGUACGAGUAGUGUCAGUUGGUUUGUAUCUGAAGCACAGUACAUGCUGCUGUAGUACUCACAUGUGCAGUCACUUUUCCGCCAGUUCUCCCGAAACUUUUCUGGGCCCAGUUGUUUGAAGGCCGAUUAUCGCUUACCUGGGGUUAAAUUUAACCCCGGCUAAUCAAAAGUAUUUUCUUGGAUAAUUUUCUCUUUUAAUUUUUGGAAUAUCCAAUAAUCAAAUUGUAGACAAAAAAAUUAAACUGAAUUUGCUUUUUAAGCUUUCAUAUCUGAAUUCAAAUUUUUACACUAAACCCAGCUUUGAACAACUCGCCUCUCCUGGACAAACAGCUGCAGAAUUUCAUUUGCAUUUUCAAUCCAAAUGUCCCUUAAAAAGAGUUCUUCAGUCAGGCUUCUGUAGCGCAUACAGCUUUAGUAUCUGUGCUUGCAGUUAAAAUCUUAAUGUCCCAAACUAUAUCGUCAAUCAAUAGAAACAGCGUUUGGUGUUUCUAUUUUUUACUUUCAUUUUCAUUUUUCACCCCAGUGCCAUCAACUGUCCACCCUUUGCAAAACAAGACAAUAACUGAAGGUGGUAACUUGAAUCUGUCUUGUAAUGUAUCUGGUACUCCUCCGCCAGUCGUGUCAUGGGUGAGAAUCAGCACUCGUCAACGCUUUGAUGUUAGUGUGUUACAAAUCACCAAUAUUAGCAGGAGUGAAGCUAGAGACUACAGAUGUGAAGCCAGCAAUGAGUGUCGUAAUGCAUCAGAGGCGCAAAACAUUGAUGUGCAGUGUAAGUAAUGAACGGAGUUCACCAAAUUCAGCCAUAUCGUUAAGGGGGCCUUGGCAAUCACGUCGGCGACGAUGGCAAAAACGUCACUUAAAAAGUAAACUGGUCCUCUUUCAAACAUCAUCGUUAUUAUUCCGCUAUGUUCAAUUUGUCAAAUGUUGUCAGUUUUUCUUGAUUUGACGUCUUUGGACUAUAUCUAAGUUCAGAAAAAAAUCGUUUUGUUUUGAUCACGUCCCCUCAUAAGACGUUAAAUUACGAAUUUUCACGUCGUAGUCGUGCAGCGAAGGUCAAGAAAUGUAAAAAAAAAGAAAGAAAGAAGGAAAGUAAGAAAAGAAUGUGUGAAUCACGUGUAAAGCUGUUGUUUUGAUCAUCUUAUCCUAUAUAGAUGGAUUUCACGUUACGACAUCGCCGCCAUGCUGGUGGACGGUAAACAAAAGAUCGCUCAUUUGCUCGAUUUGUUUGUCCACUAGCAUUUGUUCAUUUCACCAUUGUUAUUUGUGUCUCCCGAGAUUGCAUGAAACCACCUAUUGGUCUGUUACUGUUCUCGUUGUCGUUGCCAUCGCUAUCGUCAUUGCUUAAGCUCCCUGUUAAGCUUUCAGUCAGUCUUAGUGUACAGUACGAGCAUGUGUUUUGAGCCGUUGAUAGCGUCGCGUUCGGGGGAAGAAGAGAGAGAGCCUGAGUACCAGUUGUUAGAUUGACAUCACAUUGACAUGGUCUGUUUAGUUCUUUUUCCCUUCUAAAAAACAAACACUUUACACAAGGCGUUGUUUAGGGAAUGGCGGAGCACUUAACGCCUUUCAUAAAUUUUGCAUCGAAUUGAACGUGACUUAGACGAAAUUUGAUUGCCCUGUUCUCCAAAAUCCAUUGAGCAUUAAUCCAGGUUUGACGUUUUUUUUUCACUGUCUUAUGGAUUAUUUGUGGACCUUUUUUGGUUUACAGGACCGGCUUUCUGACUAAAGACUCGCAAGUUUUUAUGAGCUGUUUUAUUAGGGGAAUUUUUUUGAAAUUAGCAUAACGUUUUGUCUGAUGUUCACCGUAUUACAUGGACUGCGAUGGCAGUACAAUUAAGCGAACCAACGGCUUAAGAGUAGCAUUAAAGUUAUAGUGUCUUUGAUGGUUGUCUGAUUAUUGUUUCCGUUUUUUUUUAUCUUACAUAUACGUAUGUUAUACUGUUUUGGGAGAAACUCCCAUAAUAAUAUACAAGUUAAUGGCGUCUUUUGGCCAACGUUUUGUUUUUUUUCCGAGCUAUCAUGCCACAUUAAUGAUUGAUUGAACUUUGUAAAUUUAAUAUAAUUUUUUUUUCUUAUAGACAAGCCAGAGAACGUCCAGCUGACAACAAACGCCAGUGCAAACAAAGCAUGCCAGAAUGUCAUCUUGGAACUUACUUGUUCAGUAGUUGAUGCUAAUCCAGAGGUGACUUCAUAUCAGUUGUUUCGAAAUGGCACUGAUGUUGGGGAAAGCAACUCAGGAAUGUGGACUAAAACACUGUCAAACAGCGGACUAUCGAUGUACAAAUGUGUGGCAAACAACUCUGUGGGAAGUUCGGAAAGCCCGAGUGUUUCCAUCACCGUUAAUGGUAAUCAUGGAUUUCGUUUUUUCAUCUCCACCUCUUUUAACCCUGCCAGCAGAGCCUUUCUUUUAUUUUACUAGCUUUGGCCGUUUGGUCAGCGCGUCAGACUCGCAAUGCGGACGUUCCGGGUUUCAGUCCCUCUCUGGCGACUUUGGAUUUGUCCUUGGUCGUCCCGAGUUCAAAUCCUCGGCGGCGCUUGUAAAUAGCCAACUGGUUGCCUUAAUCCUGUUAUGUUGUAUUUGAAUUAUUUGUUUCUAAGUAUUUGAGUGGAUAAGCUAAGUGCACUUUCCACUAUUGUGUGUUUUUACAUGACGUCAUGGCGGCCAUAUUUGUGUCCCAAAACAAUGAAACGACGGCCAUGUUUGUGUCCCAAACCAGUCCUGUGGGAGUUGAACUCUUCUCUUAUGUAAACGCUUUCUUUUGUUCCAAUAAAUGUGGAUAGAUGCUGGCAACUUGAGUGAAAACACUCUAUAAACAAGCCACACUUGAGAAAGACUCUGCUUGAAUCGAGUAAGAUCUUAGUUAUGACCAUCGGUUUAUCAGUAAGCGAAUGCUUGCACUUGAAAAAGCCAGAAAACAAGAUUGACUUUUGCAGAAGUUCGGGAUGCGGUGACUUCAAAGGUUUGACACGAUUCAGGCAGGGCCUCCUUAAAAUCUCAUCCAUAAUUAAGAAAUGGCUCAGGCUGUGCUCGCAGGGUGAACUCUUUUAUGUAGUUGUUCAAAUUUGUAAUAAUUUUUUGGGGGUUGAUGACAAGGAAUUUUAGAGAGUAUUCGCUUCCUCUUGCGGUAGUCCUUUUUCGUAUGUAACUGCAUGACUGUGUUUCUUGUAUGAUUUUUAAACGGCAUUUUGUACGUAUCCAGCCUCUAGUUUUCUAAUAGUGGAUGAACGGAUUUGAAAUAAAGCUCGCUGCCUUUCAUGAAGUAAAGUUUAGCUGAAACUGUCUUAAUCUUCUGCAGCUUUUCCCACCCGUGCUACCAUUUGACUCUUCCGUAUUUUAUCUUACGUUUUCUGCAGUUUGAGGUACUUUUUAAAUAGUCAAAUCAUUGAAGGUUUGGUUGUUGCUUGAAAGUAGACCUACACCUUCAAUUUUCCUCUUACGUUUCCGUUGUUUGAUUGCAGUGCCACCGAAUAUCUCGUCAAUACCAGAUAAGACAGUUAAUGAGACUGACAACUUAAAUUUGACCUGCAUGGCAACUGGUGUCCCUUUACCCUUCGUUUCCUGGGUGAAGGUUAGUAGUGGACAGCGCACAAAUGGAAGUUUGCUACAGCUGACAAAUAUCAACAGGAGUCAAGCUGGGGAAUACAGAUGUGAGGCCAGCAAUGAAUGUGGUAAUGCGGUGGAGACAGUGAACAUCGCCGUACCAUGUAAGUUGCAAAGGUGUCGCUCAUGCCAUGGUAUUUUGACAAUCGCGAAAAUUUCUGUAUUUUAAGAAGAGCGUGAAAUGUCGUUAAGAACUCAUAAAUUCCUUUAGCUUGAGAAAACAGCCGACUUUUCUCGACGCCGCCACUGGUUUCCCCGCGAAAUGACUUCUGAUUGGAUGAAGCAAAUUAUCAACCAAUCAGGAGUACUACCUAGAUCUGGGUAGUGACACGUCAUCAGUAUGGAAUUUCUGCGCUCAUUCCUCAGACUUCAUUUUGCGGGCAAGCCUGUGGUGGCGUCGCGAAAUGUCGGCUCUUUUCUCAGGCUAAAAUUCCUGUUGUGAAAAUUUCUUCAGUAUCAUAGUGAUGCAAGAUCAGGGUAAAGUAGUACAGAGUUCUAUUCCUGCUCCUUUAGUUUUUAGUGUUUGCCUGUUAGACUUCCUUCAAAACAUUUGGACGAUUAUAUGGAUACUACAUGUAUACAGUGACUUACGAUCGCUCGCAUCGCGGGAGAUCUUUUUUUAUAUGAUUGUGUCGACUGCUGAACACAUUAUAAAAUAGCCUUCCAGAUAAGUCUUCCCGACUUAUGCAGGAAGAUUGAAUGGCCACUGCUCGCUGGAUAAUUUUUAGACGAACCGGGCGAUCGAUACCACCCAGACGAUUAUAGAGAAGGAAGGUGGAAACAAGGGAUAAGACCUCGGAAAACUACUUGGUACUGUGCAUUUUAGACAAAUAUACGUUGAUCUAAUACUAAAGUGACCUUGACGCUAUUCUUCCUGUAUCCCCCAAGGUUAUGGCAUGAUUACGGGGUGUUGACAGUAAAUGUCGUUGCACCUGAAAAUGCAUUAAUUAUUUUUUCAGUCAAACCUGAGAAUGUACGUUUGGUAGCGACCAACAUUGGGGAUGAAGCCUGCCAGAACGAUUCUGUGUCCCUGAGCUGCUCAGCUGAUGCUAGUCCACCAGUCUCGUCUUAUCAGUUUUUUGAAAAUAAUGUUCCUUUGGGAAGUAACAAUUCAGGAAUGUUGACCACAUCACUAUCAAGUAGUGGAAUGCUCACCUACAGAUGCGUUGCCAGUAACCUUGUAGGAGCAGCAAACAGCGCAAAUUUUUCGAUUGAUGUUGGAGGUACUGUCACUUGUACAUGUGAAAGCCUGAGGCCCCCUCCUCCCUUUUUAAUUGAAGAAUGAUUUUUUACCGUUUUGAACAGAAAAAGAAAAGUGAAAGAAAAUCACGCCCGCACAUAUCGUUUUCGAAUAGUUUUACCGGUUCAAAAAGGCUUACCUUCCAUCAAAUUGUUCGCGAAAUAGGCGAUUCCUUACCCAUUCACGGGCGAACUGCGUAGUUUCCACUGAAUUCCACUGCGCCAUUAUUACAGAAGAGACUAGAAUAGCUAGCAAGAUUUUGUUUUAUCAAAUGAGUCGACAAAGACAAUUUACUCCUAUAUUUUGUACACAGAUACCCCUUAAGAUGGCACGGAAACCAUAUCGGAUAGGGGUUCUGUUCACAGGCGAGAACUUAAGAAGCUGUGCCUCACCGAUCUUGAAAGUGUAUCUUCACAGAUAUAUCGAAGGGGUUUCUGUGCCACUCUUCAGCGCAGUGUGAACAGGCAUUCAUACGAUACCAGAUCGCUUUUCAUUUCGACAAGAAAGACUAUCCUGUGUAUUGCAGAUUUACCCUUAGCCUGGUUAGCUCAGUUGGGAGAGCGCCGGUCUUCUGAGCGGGAGGCCACGGGUUCAAACCCCAGCCAGACCAACACUCAGGGUCUUUAAAUAACUGAGAAGAAAGUGCUGCCUUUGUAAUGACAUCUGCAAACGGUUAGACUUCCUAGUCUUCUCUGAUAAGGACGAAAAACCGUAGGUCCCAUCUCACAGCAUUUUCACUGAUCUUUUCUUGUGGGACGUAAGAGAACCCACACCACUGUUCGAAAAGAGUAGAGGACGUAGACCUUGGUGACGUGGCCAACCUUUACACAUCAUUCACAUCAUGGGUUGGGUGGGUACAGUAAGCUCAUAAAUGGACUAAGAGCGGCUGCUAGUGGCGCCUUUGUAUGCUGACGUCCGAGCUUACUGUUCACAUGUUAAUAUCUAAUGUAAAGACGGCACGUCUGUUGUCCUCUCAUCCAUGACUCCUUCCUUCCUUCCAACGUUAGCCAUGCUGCGUUCUUAUGUCGUGAAGCUGGUGUUAUAUGGCACGUGCAGCUCGUGCAAAGAAAACCAAUUAAGAAGGAAACGGCAGUAAAAAGAUUAUAACGGUACUCUUUCAACAUUUAUUCUUGGGACUCCAUGUAUUUUUUGUUUGAUUGCAGUACCGUCAUCCAUCCAAUCAGUACAAAAUCAGACUUUGGUUGAGGGUUCAAGCCGGAAUCUGACCUGUAACGUGUCUGGAAUCCCUCCACCCAACGUUACUUGGAUCGAAGAGGGCAGUGGUCAACGCACACCAGGAAAUGUUUUGAGGUUGAUCAAUAUUUACAGAAAUCAGAGUGGAGAGUACCGAUGUGAAGCAAGCAAUAGGUGUGGCAAUAAGUCAGUGACUACAUUCGUCGAUGUGCUUUGUAAGUGA